GCAGCAGUGGCUGACGCAGAGAGACAGUAAUUCUCCUUUCCCUGGAAAACCCCAUUUGCCAUUGUGCUCGUCCAAUCGCUGGAUGCCCUCGGCUCGUUACGCGUGUGACUUGACAUUUCACUGUACUACUGCUUCCGUCUCUCUGUCUCCCUCUCCUCCCGCUGGUACCGAGGAGAUCCCCGUCCCGUCUACCAUGACUCUUGAUCAGCGCAAAAGCAGCGACGUUUGAAAUGACUGCUUGGACUUUCGGUUGCCGAAACGCACAAUCAAGACACGAACCGCUCGGUUUUGGCAUAAAAGCAUCGUGAAAUCUGGAAAAUAUGCAGCAGAAGCUAACGGACAACAACACUCCAACCUCAUCGAGGGUGUCGUCGUUUUUUAUCGAGAACCUCUUGGGCAAAGGGCGGAAUGGGCAAGACUCGAUGUCGGACAGCAGUCGUGGAGAAGCUGGCGUGGAGUCGGUCUCACCCGACCGAGUCCUGAGCGCACGUCGUGCAGACGCGAACGCUGCAGGAGCGCCGGACUGCUCCAGAUCCACAGCUCGGUCCCCGUACAGAGACUCGCCGUUGCAGUGGCACCAUGGGGGGACUGCCUUAAAUCUGCGAGCUUUGGAAACACCACAGAGCCCAAAAGAUGAUACCAGUACAGACGACCAGUGCUGCUCCAUAUGGACCAGUGACAGAUGCUCCCCCGCCGUCUCUGAGCCGAUAACGGAAGGCAGCGACGAAACCGACCGUAAAACAGGUGACAGUAACCUGACAGACGACAACGAGGACGCGCAGAACGGUUUUGAUGCGCGGGCGGACCAAGACGCAUCAUCAGAGCCGAGCCCCAACCGGAAGAAGAAGACCCGGACCGUGUUCAGCCGCAGUCAGGUGUUUCAGCUCGAGUCCACCUUCGACGUGAAACGGUACCUGAGCAGCUCGGAAAGAGCGGGGCUGGCAGCGUCUCUGCACCUGACAGAGACGCAGGUCAAAAUCUGGUUCCAGAACCGGAGGAAUAAAUGGAAACGACAGCUGGCGGCGGAUCUUGAGGCUGCACAUAUUCCACACUCGACCCAGCGGAUUAUCAGGGUGCCCAUUCUGUACCACGAAGGACCCACUCCCACUGCGGGACUGGGUUUCAACCUGAACGGACAUCCAGUUUCUCCACCCGUCGCGGGCUUCUCCAGCUCCAUCAACUACCCUCUGUCCUCGUUUGCUCACUCAAUGAGCAUGUUAAGAUCGCAGAUGACCGGUUUGGUGUAAAGACUGCUGAAGACUAAGACAUCAAACUGUUGGUUAAUAACAUAAAUUCAUCAUGUUAAUACUGAAUAGUGCAAUAACCCACAAUGCCGCAGAAAACUGUUGACUGCAUCCAAAGAGCCGCAGAGACCGAUUAUAACACCCAUUAAAGACUCAUUAUAUCUGUUCAGUCUGGGCUCCUCCGCAGCUCUUCAUAUCAUGUACUGUAUGUUUGAAUACACACAUAUUUUUACAAACUUUUAUAUUUAAAGCCACAAAUCUUUCCAACUUUGUCACUUUUUCACAUAAUAGAUAAAUAAAAAAAAUA